AUGACCCUCAGUAUCCCUCCCCCCACUGGGUUAUUGGUUUCUUUUGUAUAAUGGAAUGUCUCAUUGAUUGACCCGCUCUUUCCACAUACAGGGUUCCAUGAGAAGGAAGGGGACCCUUACAGUUCUCAGAUGAUUAUUUCCACCUGUUUUGGAGCUGGUUUGCGCUGGAUGCUCUGAACCCAGUGAAAGAAAGUUAACAUUUUCAGCGCGUCAAUGGAUUAUGGCAUCCGCAGUGUUUUUGUGUGUCAUGAGUUUGUCACACCCCAUUCCUCAAUGGAAGUUUCUUCGAGAAAAUGAAUGGCCUACCUUCUGUGUGAGACUCAUUACCACUCGUUCCUCGUGGAUCACUGUGUGCCGGAUGUGGAUCAGCCAAUUACAGGUCGACUGUAGUGGAACCGCAAAUUGGGAAGAAGAAAGUUCCAUCCCAGCACCUCAGACUGUACUUUUUGUGUUUGCGGCAACUCAAUAAGGGCACUUUCCGUGAGGCAUAGAUGGAAAACCGUACGGCCAAGCAUGCCUUUGCCCGUCUCUAUGGCUAG